AUGGUCGACUACCGCAAAUGGGACAAGUUGAUGGAGAACAUAGACGAUGACGAAGAAGAGGAGGAGAAGAGAGAGUGGAUAUCAAGGUGGGAGAUAGAAAGAAAACGUCUUGAAAGAGAAUGGGCAGGAGAAGAAGUAGAUCAGAAUGAGGGUAACGGCAGCAACGGGAGACAAGAAGGUGUAGGUGGGUCACAGAGAGACAUGGCAAUCCUUACCCUCCUCUGGCUAGAAACCUUGACAAGUCGAGGAGAUCAACAGGAGACAGCCAUCGAGCAUGUCAUGCGAUUGCCGGCUGUACAGCGAGCUCUGAACCAUCCAGACGUUUCGAUGGCCGAAGAGAUGAAGACCAUGGAAUCCAUGCUCCAAGCCCAGGCCUCGGACGCGGUGGGCGAGGACAUUCCUGACAAGGUGUGGGAGACCUUGGGAAUGCGGAACGUCGGGGAUGCGUCGGAAAGCGCAAAGAUGCAGAGGAGAGCAAGACUAGUGGACAUAAUCUCGAGCAUGGAACACAUUUCUCAAUCCUCUUGUCCCAAUCGCGGCAGUUUGGAGGCUACUCUCGACAGUCUGCUGAGCUUACCCUCCAUGAUGGUCGAUACUUGCGAUCUUUCCUCCUAUUCCUAUCCCUGGCUUCUCACAUUCUUGUCGCACGCCUCGUCUCAGGCUCUCUGUGCAGGCUUUGGCGAAGCUUCUCGAGUCAGAGGAGGCAGCCACUGUCUGCCUGGUCGUGGACCUGCUGUCAAGGACAGCUCGCGGCUCAAGCCUGUCGCAUGCCUGCUAGCUGAUAGCGGUAGGGAGGCGUUGAGCUACAUCAUCUCUCAAGCUACAUCAUCUCUCAAGCUACAUCAUCUCUCAAGCUACAUCAUCUCUCAAGCUACAUCAUCUCUCAAGCUACAUCAUCUCUCAAGCUACAUCAUCUCUCAAGCUACAUCAUCUCUCAAGCUACAUCAUCUCUCAAGCUACAUCAUCUCUCAAGCUACAUCAUCUCUCAAGCUGCAUCAUCUCUCAAGCUACAUCAUCUCUCAAGCUACAUCAUCUCUCAAGCUACAUCAUCUCUCAAGCUACAUCAUCUCUCAAGCUACAUCAUCUCUUUUGACCUGCUGGUUCACUUGCCAUGUUCAGUCGCCUUCUGCCCUGGUCGAGACUUUCCAUCCUCUCCAUCCUGCAGGCGAGGACAAGCUUCACCUUCAGGACCCUUACUUUCACUCUUUCACUUGCCAUGCUCAGAGCUUGCUCGUGUUGGAUCCCUUCCUUCUCAUCAGCAAAAGGAAGGAGGAGUAUGAGCAGAAGCAGCAGGAGUACCGCGAGCUCUAUCGCUCGCCCCCGCAUCCUCUCACGGGCUCCGACGUCUUCCGUCUUCACCUCCUUGAAUCCUCCGGCCAGUCCAUCGCGCAGAUUUGUUGUCUGAGCCUUGCACGUCCUGACGUACCUGAAUUUGGUGAAUCCAUUGAGGUGAAUGACACGAUGGUUGUCAUGAAGAUGAAGAUGGAGAUGUAG